AUGUCGGUCGCGUUGACGGACGCGGUGGCGUACGACGCGUUCACCGCCGCGCGCGAUCGCGCGAUCGUGCACUUCACCGCGAGCUGGUGCGAGCCGUGUGCGGCGAUGGAGAUUGUCCUGGAAAAGAUUCGAGAGAAACACGCGGGCGUCGUCACGGCGACGUGCGACGCCGAGGCGGUCGAGGACGUCGCCGAGCGCGAGGGUGUGAGCGCGGUGCCGUAUUUUGUGUUUUAUCGCGACGGUAAGCGCGUGGACGCGGUGGAGGGGGCGGACGCGGCGACGGUGACGAACAAGACGCGCAUGUACUUUCCGGCGACGGCGACGCAGACGACCGCGACGACGGCGAAAGGCGCGGACGCGGUGAAGUCGACGGAGGCGAGCGGGAAGCAGGCGCUUCAGGCGCGGUUGAAAUCGCUGAUCGAGAGCCAACCGGUGGUGCUGUUCAUGAAGGGACACCCGGACGAACCGAAGUGCGGGUUCAGCCGAAAGGUGGUCGACGCGCUCAACGGCGCCGGAAUCAAGUUUGGUUCGUUCAACAUUCUCGCCGACGAGGACGUGCGUCAGGGUUUGAAGGAAUAUAGCAAUUGGCCGACGUACCCGCAGUUGUACGUCGACGGUGAGCUCUUGGGCGGGUGCGACAUCAUACUCGAGAUGGCUGAGUCCGGAGAGCUCGCCGAGGCGUGCUCGGAAGCGUCGGGCGACGGUAAGGUAAAGAAGGCGCUCAACGAGCGAAUCAAGCGUAUGCUUGAUGCGCAAGACGUGAUUUUGUUCAUGAAGGGUGACCGAAACGUCCCGCGAUGCGGUUUCUCUGGGAAAGUCGUCAAGGCUCUGGACGCCACAGGAGUCGAGUACGCGACGUUCGACAUCCUCGGCGACGAGCCGAUUCGCCAAGGACUGAAGGAGUACUCAAACUGGCCGACGUACCCGCAGCUGUACUACAAGGGCGAGCUCAUCGGCGGAUGCGACAUCAUCUUGGAGCUCGCCGAGGCGGGCGAGCUCGCGACGGAACUCGGCGCCGCGUGA